AUGAAUCGGCAAGUUAGAGGUAGAGCACGUGGGAGAGCAACUAGACAACACCCCGAGGGUAGUGGUGAUAGGGAACCUGAAGUCAAUCAAGACCAUGGUCAGGGAAACGUGGCCGGAGACCCAGUGGUCACUGCAAUCAAUAGAAUAAUUGAUGUGUUAGAGCGCAUGACUAAGCACCCCGUCCCGGGAGCGGUGCAUCACCAAGGAGGCCCAAUCGAUACUGAGGACCGGGCAUUAGAGAGAUUUUUGAAGUUUGGACCACCUAAGUUCUACGGAGGUCCAGAACCUGAGAUAGCCGAAGGUUGGUGGGAAAGGAUCUCUGAUAUUUUUGCCGCUCUGAAUUAUACGGAAGAAAGGCAAGUGACUUUCGCAGCGUUCCAGUUUGAGGGAGCUGCUCGUUCCUGGUGGAACCUAAUUAGGGUUAAUUGGGACAGGAACCAUAUUCCUAGGACUUGGGCGAAUUUCACUCUGGAGUUCAACGCCAAGUUUCUACCCCCUCUCAUUCAAGAGAAAAGAGAGGACGACUUUAUCAAGUGUAGGCAGGGGGCGGCCAAGAAAAGAUUUGGCCCUAGCAGCAGUCGGAAGCCGACUUAUGCAAAUGCUCCACCGGCCAAAGUAGGUCGAGGAACGGGUGGAGUAAAUAAUCCUGGAGCCCUACAAGGCGCUCUAGCAAGAGGAGCUGGGGUGAGAGGUACCGGAAGAAGAGAUAUCGGUACUAGAGGAGGACCAAGUGGAAGGAAUCAAACUAGGAAUGCUCCGCAAGGAGGUCGUGUGACCACCCCUCAGGUAACUUGUGGGUAUUGCAAGAGGGCUGGCCAUACUGUGGAUGAAUGUUGGAAGAAGGGAGGAAAGUGCUUAAGGUGCGGAAACAGCGAGCACCAGAUUUCCGGUUGCCCGAAAAUGCAAGACGGUGGUACCCUGAAUGCUAGACCAGCCACUUCUGGAGGAGAUAGGCCGAAAGUUCCGGCUAGGGUUUACGCUAUAGACGAUCAGCCUGUGCCUGAUUCCUCGGAGGUCGUGGAAGGUACUCUUCCAAUCUUUCAUCGAUUAGUUAGAGUACUAAUUGAUCCUGGUGCAACUCAUUCAUUUGUGAACCCAAAUUUUAUGUCCGGAAUUGAUGUACAACCUGUUAGGUUACCCUUUGAUCUUGAAGUUAGGACACCUAUGGGUAAUAAGAGUAUAAUUGCUAGCCUAGCUUAUAAGAACUGCGAGUUUUGGGUCGGAGAGCGUAAGAUGCUAGUAGACCUAGUCAGUUUGGACAUAAAAGGAUAUGAUGUUAUCAUAGGAAUGGAUUUCCUAGCUUAUUACCAUGCUAAACUUGAUUGUAAAGCAAAAAUGGUAGAAUUUUGGAUUCCUGGGGAAGCAACCCUAAAGUUGGAUGUGAAAGGCAGAUUGGCAUCAUCUGCUAUGAUUUCAGGAUUGGAGGAUGUACCAGUCGUAAAGGAAUUUCCAGAUGUGUUUCCCGAAAAAUUAAAAACAUUACCUCCGGAGAGAGAAGUGGAGUUUAAGAUUGAACUAGUACUGGGAAUGGUUCCGAUUUCUAAGACUCCGUACCGGAUGGCUCUUGCAGAGCUAAAAGAACUGAAAAUACAAUUACAGGAUCUAUUGGAGAGAGGUUUUGUUAGAGAAAGUGAUUCGCCAUGGGGCGCACCUGUAUUGUUUGUUAAGAAAAAGGAUGGAAGCCUGAGAUUAUGUAUUGAUUAUCGAGGUCUAAAUGAAGGUACAAUUAAGAAUAAAUACCCUCUACCAUUGAUUGACAGCUUAUUUGAUCAGCUGCAAGGACCAGUAGUUUUCUCCAAGCUGGACUUGAGGCAAGGGUAUUAUCAGUUGAAAAUCAAGAAGGAGGAUAUCCCUAAAACUGCUUUUAAUUCAAGAUAUGGUCAUUUUGAGUUUGCAGUCAUGCCAUUUGGAUUAACUAAUGCACCAGCUGCUUUCAUGGACUUAAUGUAG